GUUGAUAUCGACACCAUGAGAAUUUUUGUGCUUUUGAUUCUUGUUGGGCUUGCGACAUGCCAGGUUGAGCAUGCGACGGAUAUCGAGAUUCAUCAGGUUGAGGUGACUGAGAUCCCUUGGUCCUCCAUCGACAAAUUUGUCGAAUCUCUGCCACCAUUCAAUACAGAACAGCCCUCAGAUGCUGAAGGUACCACCACAGAAACUCCGACAACUACCAUUAGCGCUAAAUUGACAGAAGCAGACGCUCUGGAAGAGAACGGAGAGUACUAUGUUUACCAUCCUGAAGGGUUGCUACAAAGGAUCGUGUACGCCACCAAAGAUGACCCACAGAAGAUGGAGUAUACUGCUCAGUUGAAGUACCAGGACGUGGAACCAAUCAGAAGUCCUGUUUAUACUUAUGACCCUGAGACAUUAGCAUUAAUCAGAUUGAACAAAUAAUUUUUUGUGUUGAACAGUACUAUUACGGGUUAUUGUAAGAUACGUACGUAUUUGUUAAGACUACCUACUUUAUUUUUUUAAAUGCCAAUAUAUUAUUUGUUGCACUUAUAUAAAUA